UCUUUUUGCCCCACUCCUGCUUUCCGAGUGUUUGGUUUUGAGAAAAAUGGCGGCCCCCAUAGUCCGUGCACGUUUAUUAAACUCUGGUGGCGUAGGUGGUUUCCAAGGUAACAUCUUGUCAGGACGCGGUCCCGUUCGAAGCGUAUCUACGCAAGCGGCACCUGCUACACAAACACAGCGAGAUCGGCCCGAAAGUGAUGCUGAUACAAGUAAAAAACAACAGCUCCCAGCACCUUUUAGGACUUUGAUUAGCGAUCCGGUAAAACACACACGGGAACAUAUCGGCAAAUUCUAUCAAGUACCAAAAAGUGUUCAGGCUGGACUUUUCAAUGUAUACCAGUUAAACAAAAAGGCUCGGCAAUUUCAGAAACUCGCUGGCGAGUUUUCAAUGAUGGUGCGAGCUCCCUUUCUUGAGGCCCGUGAUUACCUUCGCGAUUACGAUUAUUCACAACCUGCUCUUCGUAUCAUGCUUUACGGACGUUUAGGCACGGGCAAAAGUUAUACAAUGGCUCACAUUUUACACUAUGCCUAUUUGAAUGACUUCCUUAUUAUUGCAAAACCCUGGCUUCCUGAGUGGACUAGGCGACCAAAGGAAGUCCAAGUAAAUGAAACAAACCCAUUGCUCAUGGACUCACCCUUGGAUGCAGCCGUCUGGCUUCAGCAUUUCCGUUUGCUCAACGCCGACAUUUUAUCACGACUUGAUCUUAAGACCACAAAAGAUUGGAACUGGAGUGACAAGGAGGUGACAACGAAAGGUGAGUCCCUUGAAAAUAUUGUCGGGCACGGAGUCAAGCGUGUAAAGCAUGCGUGCCUAUGUGUUGACGCCCUCUUACAGGAGAUUAAGUCGUAUACGGAUUCUGGCAAAUUGAAGACCUUAGUGGCGAUCGAUGGCGUCAACAACCUGUUUGAGAUCUCCUACCUAAAACGACCUAAUAGGUCAUUCAUUCCUGUAGAUGAUUUUUCUUUGCUACGAGCAUUCAAGCAAGUCCUUCGAAACGACUGGAAAAAUGCAGCGAUAGUUGUCACUGUUGACGAAAACGCAUUGUCGCUGAAACAUCGAGGCCUCGAACUUGAAAAGGUGCCAAGCUUCAUGCCACAGUAUCUACUUGGCAAAGAGGGCUUCGAGUUCUUUGAGCCAUUUAUUCCAAUACGAACGGAGAACUAUAACGCUGUUGAGAUGGAGUCCGUUCUAGAUUAUUACGCAGCUGUCCACUUUAUUCAGCAUCCCAAAGCGAAAACGCCAUCGGGUCGAGAAGAGUUCAAAUUUCUUAGUGGCUACAAUCCUCGGGAGCUCAUGAAGCUUAGCCAAUGGAUUUGAGCGUCGUAGAAUGGAAGCUAAAAGGCUGAUUAACGAUUUCAAGAAGAAACUUUAGCGAAACGUCACGAUAUACUAAAUAAUUACCAUUGCCUAGCGGAUUCUCUAGUUAAACUUGCAAGUUAAAUAAAAAUCCAUCAAUACGCCGAUUUUUACUAAUUGCA